AUGAAGGAGCAGAUCGCAUUCUACGUCCUCGCCGCCUGCCAAAAGGCUCCCCAGGCGGUGCUCGACGAGAUCCGCACCUCGGACACCAUCGACGAGACCAACAGCGGCGAGGGCCCGCGCGAACAGUGCCCGCUCUACGACUUCAUCGAGCUGGCCAGCCACGACAAGCUGUCGAGCCUCGACGACGUCCUCGCCGACCUGCGCCAGAGGAGCGCCGACACCUCGCGCGGCACACAGUGGGACGCCAGCCACUUUGUCGUCGCCGGCCACGAGGCCAAUGCCAAUCCAUCCGUCGUCGUCUUUUACGAGCUCAGUGAAAAGGGAGACGUUCAGGGUCAGCUCAAGUGCACCGCGCCCAUGGUCCUCGAUCCCGCAUGCAACAUCCCCAUUGCCAACAUGGAUCUCGAAGAGUUCCAAGAUGCCUGCGGACAAGACGGCAUCUUCCGCGGCUUCCAGUAG